AUGAUAGAACUCGAGAUAUAUCACUUCGAACAUGAAAAAACCCUGGAAAAUACAAGGAUUAAUUCAAGGCCCCUUAAUAAUAAUACUGCAGAAGUAGCAUCAAGUGGUUGUGCUGGUCGCAGUAAUAUUACUUUGGAACAUUCUGCAACAUCAUCAGUAGUAAUACCGAAUAGUAGACAUCGUUUUGCAACAUUGAGUUGCAUUAGUGGCGUCAACACCGACAACAAUAAUGGGGAGAAUGCGGACAACAAUAAUCAAUUUAUUGUAAAUCCUCAACAGCAGCAAGGACCUUUUAUAUGUCGUACACCACCACCAAAUUAUCAUUCAUUGCCUUCAACACCACCACCAUCUUAUACAGCGCGUUCGCAACAACAACAGCAACAACCUUAUCAAGAGCAACAUCAACAGCCAACUGUGCGAUUAGCGGAAAUCUCAAGAGACGACAAUGUGAACAAUGAGGAUGAACAACCACCACGGCAACAGCAUCAGCAGAGUAAUCAUCAUCAUCAUCAACAGCAAUUGCAGCAACCUUUAAGGCGUUUUCAAGUACCGGAAGCACUUGCUCUAACUCAUGACGAACAUAGAGUAUUAAAUAGGCUAAAUGUUGCAAGAAAUAUUAUAAAUGAGCCACUGUCAGUUGCAAAUAGACAAGUAGGAUUAGUUCAAGGAAGAUGUGCCACGAGAAAUGUGGCAACAGUGUCACAUAAUCAUCAACAACAGCAGCAGCAACAUCAACAACAGAUACAACAAAGAAGACGGAAACAACGUAGACGUAAUCUUUAUUUAUUACAGCAACAACAACAGCAGCAGCAACAACAACAACUUCUGCAACAAAAUAAUCCAACUCUCGGUAAUCAUAGCACAGAUUCUGAAAGCUCUACAAGUUUAACGGAUGCCAGUGAAAGUGACAAUGACAUUAUUUGCAUUGGCAGUAACCGUGAUCAAAGAAGACGUCGUCGACAGCGUUUACUUAAAUUAAGAGAUGCUUACUGUCCCGACCUAUUAAAUGCCUGUUCAUUAAUAUUACUCCAACAACAGACAAGUGAUUCUACAGUUGGAAGUUUUACAGACACGCCACCACCGCCAACCGAAGAACCACUCAAUGAUUCAACCGAUUACGUGGAAAUCGAUGAAUUACAAGCAACAAAUCGACAGCAAAAUGGCGCGAAACAGAUCCAUACGCAACGUACAACAAUAGACUGA